CAGUGUAUCGGUUGAGGUCAUAACGACCACCAGUGAGACCCAAAGUGCGAAACGGCACCGCGGUUACGGUAGUUCUACAUCUCAACCGCGAACGGUUUUCGUAAACGCGAAAAGAAUAAAAUAAAUAAUUAUCGCUAUAUUGGGUUUUUGUCUAGAAAAGUAAGUUUGAUGGACAAUUUAUCCAUAAUACACAAACCCAGAUAAUCAUCGACCCACCCGUGCGAACGGCAACGAUUUUCUAACAGCAAAUACAAUUUCACCGUACAAAUAUAGACUUCAAUAGAACUUUGGCGCGGAGAACGAUCGACGACCGCUGCAUAGUGCUCGGCCGAACGGGCGUUUACACUACACAGUACACGGCAGGGCCACAUUGGAAAACAGCUGCCGUCCGUGAUUCUUUGGUGGGCGGGGGGACCGCGCGUGCAGUCGGCCAGUCGCGAUCAGCUGAUAAUCACGCAGCUCUGUUAACACCCAGAGACCCUUGUGACUUUCGUUCAGCUGCUGGAUAUAAAUGGCCGUAUUCCUGUUAAAUGAAUGUAAAUUCAACAACUGCGGUCUGUGCUUCAAAAACCUUUACGAUCUCAUCCAGCACAUCGAAGACAAACACAUAGAUACUGAUCCUAAACCGAUUGAGCUGAUUGAUCGCACUGAACAACAAUGCUUGCCGCUCAGUUGUGUUAUGCGGUUUUUCAGCGAAAAUGUACACAAAACCGACAUCGAACCAGCAGAACCUGUCAUUCAGCCCAAAACCAGUAUUUUACCACCAGCACCCAACAUAUUUCAUCGACCAUUACGAACUGGUUAUGAAUCUGAUAAAGGAGAAACUGAAAACCUUGAUCACAUUGGUGACAGCAGUGACUCUUGGUCUACUACAUCAGAUGCAAUCGAUGAUGCUCAUAAAAAUGGUCCCAAUUCACAACAGAAAGUUAAAACUGAGCAGCCAAUACGACCAUUUGCUUGUCCAAUUCCAGGUUGUACUAAAAGGUAUAAAAACGUUAAUGGAAUAAAAUAUCACGUUAAAAAUGGACAUACAAAUGGCAAAGUUCAUAAGAAAUACAAAUGUCAUUGUGGAAAAAGUUACGUGUCUAUUCAAGGACUCAAAUCACAUGCAAAUGGUAUGCAUGCUGGUACCAAGAUGACAUGGCUAACAAUGCACAAUGGUGAAACUAUUCAGGUACCUGCAACACCACUUUCGCCAGAUACUGUGCCCAUACGUGCGGUCACGUUAAAACAUGUGCCACGCACUACUGCGGACGCAAACCUACCGCCUAAAACAUUAGUCAUCACUAAACCUCCUCCGUCCAACAUUGAACCUCCCAUUGUUGAAUCAUAAUAUUAAUGCAGGGGAAGUUUAUGAAAACCGUAUUCCUAUAUAGUAAAAAUUACCUGGAGUUCCAAAAGUCAGUCGUCAUAUUUAAUGUCUUGUCGCUUGAUUUUUUUUUUUUUUAAUUUGAAGUAAUUAUUUUAGUUUAUUAUACUUACACAAACAUUGUUUGUUAUAAAAUAAAUAUAUAAAAACGAAUGUUCAAGUAUUCAGGAAACAUGUUUAGUACAGUUUUGUGUAGUUGGAUGUCUAGGACUAAAGCUUUAAAGCUUGUGCAUUUGUUUAUUAUGUUUUAUGUCGAGCUGUGUAUAGUGUAUGUUACCUUAAAGACUUGAUUGCUAUUAAAAGAGUCAAAUAUUGUUAACAAUAAAGUUAUAUAUUUAAAAUAAAUAAAAAAAAUUAAUAAAUUGUUAUUUUAAA